AUGGCAAAGAAAGAUAAAAAAUCCAAGACCGCAGAGCAGAAAGCUCGCGUCGCCGCAAAACAGUCUAAGAAAGCGGCUCAGAAAGAGAAGAAAAUCAGAGCAAAGGGACAGGCUGAUGACAGUGAUGCUGAAGACGUCGAUCUGGAUGCAGUGUUGGCGGCAUAUGCAAAAGAGCAAGCUAAGUUCUUGAAGGUCACUGAGGUCCCCAGUGGGCCACCAACCCCGCGGUCUUCUUCCUCCCUAAUUGCAUCUCCGGCAGGUCGAAAUGAGCUCUUCCUCUUCGGGGGUGAACAUUUUGAUGGCACUCUGGCUACUUUCUACAACAAUCUUUACGUGUAUCAAGUUGAUAAGCAUGAGUGGCGAGAGGUCACGAGCCCGAAUAGCCCUCUUCCUAGGAGUGGACAUGCCUGGUGCCGGGGAGGAAAUUCAGGAGGAAUUUAUUUGUUUGGAGGAGAAUUUUCUUCGCCGAAACAAGGGACUUUUUAUCAUUAUAAUGAUUUCUGGUGCCUUGAUCCGUCAACCAGAGAAUGGAGUAGAAUUGAGACAAAAGGCAAAGGCCCACCCGCGAGGAGUGGACAUAGAAUGACAUACUUUAAGAACUACAUAAUACUUUUUGGAGGAUUCCAGGACACCUCCCAGCAGACAAAGUACCUUCAGGACUUGUGGAUAUAUGACUGCCAAAAUUAUCUAUGGCACAAUGUGGUUCUUCCCCCAGCAUCGCAAAAGCCAGACGCUAGAUCGUCGUUUUCAUUUCUUCCACACGAAUCCGGCGCUGUUUUAUACGGAGGAUAUUCUCGAGUAAAGACGAACACUGCAGUCAACAAGCAACAGAAAGGUGGAGCACAGCGAACGAUUCUCAAGCCAGUCGUUCACCAAGAUACCUGGUUCUUGCGAAUCACCCCACCUCCCCCCGACGCUCCCGCAACUUCACUUCCUACAAUCCGGUGGGAGCGACGGAAGAAACCUGCUAAUCCAGCAAACCCACCGCGGGCGGGUACAACCAUGGCGUUCCACAAGGGACGGGGGAUUAUGUUUGGUGGUGUCCACGAUGUCGAAACGAGCGAAGAGGGCAUUGAGAGUGAAUUCUUCGAUGAUCUCUACGCAUGGAACAUAGAUCGAAACCGGUUUUUCCAGAUGUCUCUUCGCCGCCCUCGAGGGCCUGGAAAGAAGCAGCAGUCUGCUAUGCAGACCGUGAAACGGAAUCGGGGAAAAGCCGAUGAAGAGGAGUUAAUGCGUAACCUAGCCCUUCUUGAAGCCAAGGUUAACACAAAUAAGAUAAAAUCCGAGGCGAUGGAUAUCGAUUUACUACAAAAAGAGGAAGAAGAGAUUGAUGAGAAGCGUGACUUGCCAGUUCGCUUCGAGAUGCCGCAUCGGCGGUUCAACUCCCAGCUUGCGGUUCUAGAUGAUACACUGUUUAUCUUUAGCGGGACUUUUGAGCGGGGAGAUCACGAAUUUACUUUUAAUGAUAUGUACUCCAUUGAUUUAGUAAAGCUUGACGGAGUGAAGGAAUUGUUCUACAACGAGCCCGAACAUUGGAAUGACGCGAUGGAAGUUGAGAGUGAUGAAGAGGAUGAGGAGGAUGAGGAAGCAGAGGAGGGUGAAUGCGACAAUGAAGAUGAAGAGAUGGAGUUCGUCGAGAUUGCAUCGACUGCGACUGCGACAACAAGUGUAACGGAGCUCGUGCAGAUGGAAACAGAAAUCGAGCAGGAAAUAGAAACUCCUGUCCAGGAUUCUAGGCCGCAUCCCCGACCUUUCGAGUCUCUGAGGGAUUUCUUCGCCAGGACAUCGACAGAUUGGCAGGAUAUGUUGAUGUCAAAGAUGAAAGUGGAACAGGCUGGGUCAGAGAUGUCUGUUAAAGAGCUGAGAAAAGAAGCGUUCACCCUAGCUGAAGAGAAGUGGUGGGAUUGCAGAGAGGAAAUUACGGCACUGGAGGAUGAGCAAGAAGAGGCUGGUAUUGGUGAGGUUGUUAGUAUUGCCGACAGAAACGAUGCCCCAUCAGCAGGUCGUCGGAGAUAG